UUCCGGCUACCAUCUUCAAACGUAGAAACCUUGUCGCGCGGCCUACGUGAUAGUGUUGUGAACAUGUCCCACAAACAGCGGUGAAAGUUUCUAUAACUUUGGUUUGUCAUUUUAUUUGAGGCAAAACACGUGACGUCACUAUCUCUGACUAACUGCAGGUGCACGAGAGGCACGGCCACGUUCAAGCUCCACGUGGAAGCGGCGCGCAGUUUGGAGAUCACACGGGGAGAUGCAGGCAGUGGAGAAGUGUGAGGAUGAACUGUGCCAGCCCUCCACAAGAGGGCACAGAUGAUGUUGCUGAAGGAGGCUAACACAAGUGUCCUCCCUGGAGUGUUUCUGAUUAUAUGCCUAGUUGUCGACCACGGCUGCGAGAGCUGCACGGGUGUGAGUGAGUGGCCCGGCUGGACUUCUUCUCUCUCUUCAUCCAUUAAUCCUCCCGUCUACCCAUCCCGUCUCUCGUGGGGCACCAUGCUGAUGCAGUGGCUGGCUUGUAUGGCCCUGCUGUCUCUGGACUGCGCUCCAGGCAGCUGGGCCUUCACCACCACGAGGGCUCAGAGCCUGAGGGGUCGCAUCCAGAGGGACCGCAGGAACAUCCGGCCCAACAUUAUCCUCAUCAUCACUGACGACCAGGAUGUUGAGUUAGGUUCUCUACAGGUCAUGAAUAAAACCCGUAAGAUCAUGGAAGAGGGAGGCACAAGUUUCACCAACGCCUUCGUCUCCACACCCAUGUGCUGCCCGUCACGGUCCUCCAUGUUGACGGGCAAGUACGUCCACAACCACAACACCUACACCAACAAUGAGAACUGCUCCUCCCCUUCCUGGCAAGCUCAGCACGAGCCCCGCUCAUUCGCCGUCUACCUCAACAACACCGGCUACAGGACAGGCUUCUUCGGCAAGUACCUGAAUGAGUACAAUGGCAGCUACAUCCCACCUGGGUGGCGCGAAUGGGUUGGAUUGAUCAAAAAUUCCCGCUUCUAUAAUUACACUGUCUGUCGGAAUGGCUACAAGGAGAAACAUGGUGCCGAUUAUGCUAAGGACUACUUCACAGACCUGAUCACCAACGACAGCACCAACUUUUUCCGCAUGUCCAAGCGCAUGUACCCCCACCGGCCCGUGAUGAUGGUCGUCAGUCACGCUGCCCCUCAUGGCCCAGAAGACUCGGCUCCACAGUACGCUGAGCACUUCCCGAACGCCUCGCAGCACAUCACCCCCAGCUACAACUACGCGCCCAACAUGGACAAACACUGGAUCAUGCAGUACACCGGCCCCAUGAGACCCAUCCACAUGGAGUUCACCAACUUCCUCCACCGGAAGAGGCUGCAGACGCUCAUGUCUGUGGAUGACUCUGUGCAGAAGGUGUUUGACAUGCUGGAGGAAACUGGAGAGCUGGACAACACUUACGUCAUCUACACAGCGGACCACGGCUACCACAUCGGUCAGUUUGGAUUGGUCAAGGGAAAGUCGAUGCCGUAUGACUUUGACAUCCGUGUGCCGUUCUUCCUGAGAGGACCCAACAUAGAGCCGGGGGCCGUAAACCCUCAUCUGGUGCUGAACAUUGACCUCGCUCCCACGAUCCUCCACAUUGCUGGGCUGGACACUCCUCCAGACAUGGAUGGAAAGUCCAUCCUGAAGCUGCUGGAGCAGGACCGGACUGGCAACAGAUUCAAACCCAACCGGAAACCCAAAGUCUGGAGGGACACAUUCCUGGUGGAGCGAGGAAAGAUCCUGAGGAAGAAGGAAGACUCGGUGAACACUCAGAACACCAACAGCCUUCCCAAGUACAAGAAGGUCAAAGAGACUUGCCAGCAGGCGGAAUUCCAGACCCCCUGCGAGCAGCCUGGACAGAAAUGGCAUUGUGUGGAGGAGAUCACAGGGAAGUGGAGGAUUCAGAAGUGUAAAGGUGGUUCAAAAGAAGGCUCCAGGAAGAGGGCCCGCAGCCUGAAGCCCCGCAGCAGCUACGACACCAGAGAGACGGGCUGCGACUGUGGGGACGCUCUGCUCAAACCCUCCAGAUCGGACCGCCGCUCACACCGACAGCUCUCAGGCCAGCGUUUUCGGCCACGUUUUGUCCACACCCGUCAGACCAGGUCUCUGUCUGUGGAGUUUGAAGGUCAGAUUUAUGACAUUGACCUUCAAGCAGACGAUCAGUCAGCCGUCCGCCGCCGCGUCAUCUCAAAGCGCCACUACAACCCAGAGGAUCCGGAGUUUCAUCUGGGCUCCGACGACGGGUCAGAGGAAAUGCUGGCGGAUGACACCAACGCUGUGGGAUACCCCAACUCUGUGAAGGUUACCCACAAGUGUUACAUCCUCAUGAACGACAGUGUGCAUUGUGAGAGAGAAAUCUACCAAUCCUCCAGAGCCUGGAAAGACCACAAGAACUAUGUGGACCAAGAGAUUGAAGCACUUCAAGACAAAAUCAAAAACCUCCGAGAAGUCCGAGGACACCUGAAGAGGACACGACCAGACGAGUGCGACUGUGGAAAGAAGAGCAGCUAUUUUAGCAAAGGAGACAGAAACAAGGCACAGAGAAUGAAGAGCAGGAACGAUCAACUCCAUCCCUUUAAGGAGGCGGCACAGGAAAUAGACGGGAAGGUCCAGUUGUACAACGAGAUCCGCAGAAGGAAGAAGGAAAGGAAGGAGAAGAAGCGGCAGAGGAAAGGAGACGACUGCAGCCUGCCCGGCCUCACCUGCUUCACACACAACAACGACCACUGGGCGACCGCUCCCCUCUGGACAUUGGGAGGAUUCUGCGCGUGCACCAGCUCCAACAACAACACCUACUGGUGCCUGAGAACCAUCAACGAGACCCACAACACGCUCUUCUGCGAGUUCUCCACUGGCUUCCUGGAGUACUUUGACCUCAACAGUGACCCCUACCAGCUGACCAACGCGGUGUACACGGUGGACCGGGACGUGCUGAACUCUCUCCACGCCCAGCUGAUGGAGAUGAGGAGUUGUCAAGGUUACAAGCAGUGUAACCCUCGCCCGAAGGGCCUGGACGCAGGAGGUAAAGAUGGAGGAAGCUAUGAGCCACACAGCACUCAGCCCGUUUGGGACGGACGACAGGGUUAAGCUGCCCAACUUGACGGACGAGGAGGUGAACUGGCAGGGCCUGGAGGAUCUGUAUAGCAUAAACGAAAGCCUUUAUGAAUGUCGGCAGUGACUACAGCCCCGGCCCAGACAACUGGGUGAACUUCCACAAGGAUGUAG